AAGAUACAAGUGAGCUCGAAUUACAAGUCAUCUAUCUCCUUCUCAUUCCUUGUGUAAUGGCUAAGGCUUUCGUUUUUUCGCUUUGCUUGCUUCUGGUUUUCAAUGGCUGCUUAGCGGCACGCCAGUCCCAGUUGAGUCCGCAGAACCAGUGCCAGCUCAACCAGCUUCAAGCCCGCGAACCCGACAACCGCAUCCAGGCGGAGGCGGGUCAGAUCGAGACCUGGAACUUCAACCAGGAGGACUUCCAGUGUGCCGGGGUCGCCGCCUCUCGAAUCACCAUUCAGCGCAACGGCCUACACUUGCCUUCCUACUCCAACGCCCCUCAACUCAUCUACAUCGUCCAAGGUAGGGGUGUUCUAGGGGCAGUGUUCUCUGGGUGCCCUGAGACUUUCGAAGAGUCUCAGCAGUCUUCUCAGCAGGGCCGCCAGCAGGAACAGGAACAGGAACGACAACAACAACAACAGGGAGAACAAGGACGACAACAGGGCCAACAAGAGCAGCAGCAGGAACGACAAGGAAGACAACAAGGGAGACAGCAACAAGAAGAAGGAAGACAACAAGAGCAGCAGCAAGGCCAACAAGGGCGCCCGCAACAACAACAACAAUUCCGACAGUUCGACCGCCACCAGAAGACCCGCCGCAUCCGUGAGGGUGAUGUUGUCGCCAUCCCUGCCGGAGUCGCCUACUGGUCCUACAACGACGGCGACCAGGAGCUUGUUGCAGUCAACCUUUUCCACGUCAGCAGCGAUCACAACCAGCUCGACCAAAACCCAAGGAAAUUCUAUCUAGCUGGUAACCCAGAGAAUGAGUUUAACCAACAAGGCCAAAGCCAACCCCGCCAGCAGGGUGAGCAAGGGCGUCCCGGACAGCAUCAGCAACCAUUCGGACGUCCCAGACAACAAGAACAACAAGGAAACGGCAACAACGUCUUCUCCGGCUUCAACACACAGCUCCUCGCCCAGGCCCUCAACGUCAACGAAGAGACUGCCAGGAACCUCCAGGGACAGAACGACAACAGGAACCAAAUCAUCCAGGUAAGGGGCAACCUCGACUUCGUCCAGCCCCCAAGGGGACGACAGGAGCGUGAGCACGAGGAGCGACAACAGGAGCAGCUCCAGCAGGAGAGGCAACAACAAGGAGGACAACUGAUGGCCAACGGUCUUGAGGAGACCUUCUGCAGCUUGAGGUUGAAGGAGAACAUCGGCAACCCUGAGCGUGCCGACAUCUUCUCUCCCCGGGCAGGCCGCAUCAGCACCCUCAACAGCCACAACCUCCCCAUCCUCAGGUUUCUCCGCCUCAGCGCCGAGAGAGGCUUCUUCUACCGCAAUGGUAUCUACAGCCCACACUGGAAUGUGAACGCCCACUCAGUGGUGUACGUGAUCAGAGGAAAUGCUAGGGUUCAGGUGGUGAACGAGAACGGAGAUGCAAUUCUUGACCAGGAGGUGCAGCAGGGACAGCUGUUCAUAGUCCCACAGAACCACGGCGUGAUCCAGCAAGCCGGCAACCAAGGGUUCGAGUACUUUGCCUUCAAGACGGAGGAAAAUGCGUUCAUUAACACCUUGGCCGGACGAACCUCCUUCCUCCGUGCACUGCCGGAUGAGGUGCUGGCCAACGCCUACCAAAUUUCUCGAGAGCAGGCGAGGCAGCUCAAGUACAACCGGCAGGAGACCAUUGCCUUGAGCUCCAGCCAGCAGAGGAGGGCAGUUGUAUAAAUGUAUGAAGAAAAAUGUAGUGAAUGCGGCACGUAGUGUUUUUUGGAGUUAAAAAGAAAGGAAGCGGAGCCUGAGUGUAUAAAUAAAAGAGCCUUAUAAUAAGGCUUGUUACUAAUAAUGUAAGAGGAGAGAGUCUAGCUACCAAGUAAUUAAAUAAGUACUACGUGUAAUCUAUGCAUGUAAUGAAAAUUUCCCCCCCUUUUUCCUAAA